UAGUAGGCCACGAGGCAGCAACCAACUCUCGCGGUGCUUCUGCAGGCCUCGCGCGCUUUAACGUACACCGCGCUUUCUCUCUCUCUCUCGCUCUCUCUGCAUAUCUCUUUCUCCUCGUUUCUGUUUCGGCGUGUUGCAAGCCUGCGUAUCGGCUACCAUCGCACCGUGAAAAAUCGCAUCGCGCAAAACCAAUUUCGCGCCGCGGAUUCGAGAAAUCGAUUUCAGACACGGUCAAGUUGUCUUAGACUGGUGUGAUCUCGUUGAAAAAAAAAUAUUAGAAAAGUCGCACGGAAAUCGUUCGAUGUCGAAACAACGAUCGAGACUCUCGUGGCUCGGUCUUCAAGAUCCGGAGGUGCGCUCCGGAGGUGAUUCGAAAGAACAAUUCGAGAGAACGUGAUAGUUGGUCGCUUCCUCGCGAGUGAUCAGUGCACCUUCGUUUCGCAGAUAUGUCGGAACGUCAACAAUAGGAACGGACUUGCAUAAGAAGCGAAUUUGAAGGUUCUUUCCUGGCGGAGAAAGCAGACGACCGAUCGAGUCGACGACUCGUAGAGCGCGUAGUUAGUCCUCUCGCGUCGUUUCCCGUUUCUGUUUCAAUCUCUUCUCGACAACCGCAAAACAUAGCGCGCUUUAGAAUGAUGAUACUGUUCGCGCUUACGACUCGGUUUUGUUAUAUUACAUCGUUCUAAUUGCACGAUCGCGACUCCGUCGCUGAAAAUUAUUCACACAAAUUUCUUUUUGCGAAAGAUUUUCUCUGUCAGUGACGAUUUCACGAUGUCGAUAAAUUAGAAAGGAGAAACAAAGAAUUAAUUCUUUGCACAGAGUGUAAAAAAAAAAAUAAAAAAACACAGUGGUUUUUUUAUCGAAAGGAACAACAAUUUAUAGAUUUUUUGUUAAAACGUUUCCUUGUUUUCCUAAGCGAGAAUCUUUAUUGUUGAGUUCUGCUAAACGAUAGAAUGCAUGCUUGAUGUAUCCGCGACUCUUCCUAAUGCGAUCCACCGUUGAACGAUGGAUUUCUCACCGUUCAGAAUGAUGGUGGACUUCUAAAGACGUCGUUUCCGGAAACGUUCAGAGACGUGAGAUGAUCGGCAAAUUUCUUCUGACUCUUUCGAUAAUACAAUGGACCAGUUAUAUCGCGGAUCCCGUUACGGGACGAGUGUUCUCAUCCGUAGACGAAAGUGCGGACGAACAGAACGACGCGGAAAUUUUUCGCGCGGUCGUCGAAUCGAUGCGACAAUGGACGCUUCACAAGAAGCUUCAUCACAGAGGGAAAAGAGAAGUGUCCAAAGUUUGUUACGAGGACGUAGGCUGUUUCGAGGACACCGGACCUUUUAGUUACCUGGAGAUGCUACCAUCACCGCCGAAAGAUGUCGGAACUAGAUUUUUCGUAUACGGGAGUAGAAGAGCGAGAUCAAUUCCUAUGGAGGUACCUGCCGACGAUAUAAGCGACAACGCGAACCGUGCCAUAGACCCGAAUUUACCGACGAAAGUCAUAGUGCACGGAUUUGGAAGCAAUUGCAAUCACUUAUGGGUGUACGAUAUGAAGUCCGCGUUAAUGAGCAUUCACGACUGUAAUAUAGUUUGCGUUGAUUGGGGUCCGGGGAGCGCUGUUCCCAAUUACGUGCGAGCUGCGGCUAAUACGCGACUAGUGGGUCGGCAAUUAGCGAAAUUAAUUCGCAGCUUGAACGUGCCACUGGAAAAGGUACACCUGAUAGGAUUCAGCCUGGGCGCUCACGUAGCCGGAUUUGCCGGAGCUGAGCUCGGAAAUGUGUCUAGAAUUACUGGAUUAGAUCCUGCGGGACCGCUUUUCGAGUCGCAGGAUCCAAGAGUUCGUUUAGACGCGACGGACGCAAACUUCGUCGACGUUAUUCACAGCAACGGCGAGCAAUUGAUACUGGGCGGUCUUGGUUCCUGGCAACCGAUGGGCCACGUGGAUUAUUAUCCGAACGGCGGUAAGAUGCAAAGUGGUUGCUCCAAUCUUUUCCUCGGCGCUGUUUCCGACAUCAUCUGGUCGAGUGCAGUCGAGGGCAAGUCGUUGUGCAAUCAUCGACGUGCUUACAAGUUCUUCACCGAUUCCGUCAGUCCGAAAUGUCGAUUUCCGGCGUUCCCGUGUGAGCACGGUUACGAGGGUCUGCUGAGAGGCGAGUGUUUUCCAUGCGGUAAGAACGGCGCGGAUGAACCUUGCGGCGACAUGGGUUAUUACAGCAACGAGUCGCCGGCCAGAGGCCAACUCUAUCUGAUGACGAGGGAGGAAGAGCCAUUCUGCGCUCACCAAUAUCAGAUCAAGGUUUACAACAGCCGUAACGAAAGAUCCGCCAGAAGUUACGGCAAGCUUCAGGUCACACUCGUGGGGAAGAGCUCUUUUAACGAAACGUUCGCGAUGACGCGGAAGGACGAAGAGCUUCUCGUUGGAGUUAUUCUUCAGAAAAUAGUCGUGCCGCAUCCCGCGGUCGCCAAUCUCGACGCGAUCGAGAUUAAAUACACAGCUUACUCCGGCUGGAUAUCCUCCGGUUUGGUGUCCUGGACCAUCGACAAGGUGGCCAUCAUCGACAGUUUCGGCAAGACGCUGUCGGUUUGCAAGAAAAGUUUAAUUUUGGAAUCCGGACGGCCGGUUUAUCUACCUCUUUAUCCGGGCGAGUGCAACAUUCCCGUGGAUAACGACAACUCAACCGCGAUGCCGACGAUCGAACGCAUGACGGUCGAGGAAGAGAAUCAGCAGACGGGCGGCAUAGGACCCUUCACGAGGGAGCGGAACUACGAGACGAAGAAUUCCGGAUAUUCCGCAGAAGUUUUUCCAACCGACAGAAGAGAUUCCCAGAAGAAUCUCGGUCCGUAUACGAGGGAACAAAAUCUUCGCGUCGCCGAGACCGAGUCGAAGGUAUUCGAUAACGCGGAGAACGUUCGCAACGUCGCGAAUCCGUGGAUCGUUCUGGACAUAUCGACCGACGGCGAUUCGAACUCGCUGGAGAACAUCGAGUUGGAGAACGGACGAAGUUUCUCGGGUGCCAGCAAUCUGAUUUAUCGCGCAUCAACGACGAAGGAGCGCGUUGUUGAGACCACCGUCGCCACUACGGAGUUCUCGCCGGAAAUCAGAGAACCGGUGCUGCGUCCGAACAAGAAGGAGACCGGCCGAUCGCUGAAGCUGUCCGAGAUCACGGAACCGAUUCUACGUCCGAGAGCCACUCGGCAGAACGAAAUGACGCCGCAUCAUCAUCAGCUGCAACAACAGCACGAGAAGCAGCGCGACGAAAUACAGGAAACCUCAUCGACUUCCACCAGAGCGUUCACCGUGCAAUUCUUGCCGGAGAGACUGGCCGGUAUUCUGGCACAGGCCGAGCGAUACGCGCGGCAAACUUUGCUGCCGCUGAUCUCGCAAUACACGCCGAGUUUCGUAAUAGGUGCGCGACAAGACGAGCCCAAGUACUUUCCCUUCUUAGGCGACUUGAUAAGGCCAAAGAACGGUGACGCUUCGACGGAGGUCGAAGGUGGCAAAACCACCGCUGCUCGUAACCGAAGUAACGACCAAAUCUCGCGGAAGUUGGACGAGUCGUUCGACUCCAACCGAGGCGACGAACAAGAAUUCGCAUCGAGCGCGCAAACGGAAAGCGGGAGCGAGUACACCGAGCGAGUGUCGAGAGCGGAAUCAUUACCCCCGGUGAUCGUCGAGGCUGUGUAUCCGGAGAAAACAGCGACUGCCGCCAAUCUCAGCGGUUCCGAGACCAGACGUGAGGACGGCGAUUGGCAACCGAUCGGCGAUUCGGCGAUUCCCCCGAAAAACGUCUCGAGAAAAGACUCGAAUGUCUCGCGUUCGUUGAACUGGACUACCGCUCACGACGACUGGAGGAUCUCUUCGCGAUCCUCGACGAAUUUGAAAACCGGCGUUUCGGUCAGAAGCGACGAUUGGAUACCGAUCACCGCUAAGAGCGACGAUGCCGUCUCGACGACGACCGCUCGAGGCGAAACGUCCGACGAAGAAACAGCAGCGAUAGUAACCGCGGUGAAGGGAAGCGACAUCGCUUCCGACGAUCCGAUGCGAAAAUCUGCUGAGGAGGAAAUCACCACCGCGAGCACGCACGAGAGAAAAUUUAUACCUCUGAUCGAUUUGGAAGCAACCAGCGUACCAGCGUCGAGCACCUCCGAUCGCGUAACAGAGUUUACAACGGCCGUCUCGCACAUCCAGAAAAUUCCAAGACUCCAAGAGACGCCAGCUAAAAGCGCUAGAACGAUGUCGAGAUCGACGAUGAUGUUCCCGUACGCUUACGAGCGACAUAACGAUCCCCGAACGAGAUACAUACCGCUAAUCCCGGAAGAGGACAUGGGCAAGUCUUAUUCGUUGACCGAAAGGGAUCGCUGAUCAUAUCAGGGAUAAAUGUUGUAGACUGAUUAAAAAGUAAGACUUUGAGUAGCCGUUACGCGCGCGCGCGUACACUUGAUCGAAAUCGAUUCCGAAUCUUACCUUAGUCUUCGCUUUGUUCUUGCGACAAUCAAAGAGCGAAAUUCAUAAAUUUUUAUCAUUACUUAAACAUUGCGUGAUAGCUACUCUGACGAGGUUGUGUGACGUCGGAACGAUAUUCGACGUAAAUAAGUAUAAAACGUUUUUUUUUUUUUCUUUUUUUUUUUUGUUGUUGAAUCUCUUAAUGGUGAAUUAUAUAUUGGCGCAACUAUACGACGAACGAGAAGAGAAAAAACCCGUUAUCUGUCGUAGAAAGAAGAGUGUAAAAACAGAAGCGGAAAAUACUUAUAUAGAGAAGUUGCUGAAACAAUGAAAAACCUAAUCGUAAAAAAAUAUUCCCAGCGAGCAAGUGCUAUCUGUAAAGUUAAUUACACUUACGCAUUAAUUAGAGUAAUUACUUGUUAGUAAUCAACUCUUCAUAGGAUAGACCUCAAAAAAGACUUGAAGAGUCGGCCAGAUCGAGUCCACUGCGAGAUCCACGCGACUUUAAUUCAGAUCGAAUGUCU